GGCCUACCGCGUCGGGCCCGUAUACCUGACACCCCAAACCCUGAACCCUAGCUUAGCUUCGACUCUUCCCUCUCCGUCCCCGGCCAAUCUCCCCUCCUUCCUCCUGCUCACCUCCCAAAUCGGCCAAACGCGAAGAGCGAACUCAGCGACCCACCCGUUCGUUCUCCUCCCGUUCCCGGGUGAGGCGGGGUAAAGAUGUCGUCUCUGCGGAACGCAAUCUCGAGGCGGGCUCACAAGGAGCGCGCCCAGCCGGAGGCGAGGAAGAAGUUCGGGCUUCUCGAGAAGCACAAGGACUAUGUCGUCCGCGCCAAGGCCUUCCACCGCAAGGAGGAUUUCAUCAGGAAACUGAAGGAGAAGGCAUCAUUCAAAAACCCAGAUGAGUUCUAUUUCAAGAUGAUCAACAGUAGAACCGUGGAUGGAGUGCAUAAGGCCAAGCCUGAAAAUGAGUACACUGAAGAGGAACUUCUGCUGUUGAAGAAUAAAGACAUGGGAUACAUCCUUCAGGGCAUUCAAAGCGAAAAGAAGAAAAUUGAACGAUUAAGCUCAACGCUUCAUCAACUAGAUAACAAACGUUCGAACAAGCAUGUUUACUUUGCUGAGGACAGGGAAGAAGCCAAAGAAAUACAAUCUAGGAUAGAACAAAGCAGCAAUGCAACUCAUUUUGGCAACAUCCCUUCCCGUAUAAGGAGGAAAACAGCUUCCUCCUACAAGGAGUUAGAAGGCAGGAAACUCAGAGUUCAAAAGCUUGAGAAACUGUACGCAGACAUGGCCUUGCAAAAAGAGUUGAAGAAACCCGGACGCAAAAGGAAACUCCGCGAAGAAGAGAUGGAAAAUCCAACAUCACAGCCUGUUUACAAGUGGCGUGCGCAACGGAAGCGGUGAGACAGCAAUUUUGCCGCUGCACCUUAGAACUUCAGAUAAAAAUUGCAGGAAGUAUUGCUGACUGAUCCUAAAGUAGAACUGGGGCUUUUGAAGAGUUUCUCCUGAAUUCUGAAGCACAUCUCUGUAAUUUUGCCCUUCCACAACACCACCAGUUCUUUCCCUUAUAGCCUUUGAUGAAUAUUUGUGGUUCCUAUGUUGGAGACCACGUACUGCUAUUACUGUAUGUUAUUUUCUCAAAAUGUUGGGCUAUCAGAAUCAACAUGUAAGAAAAAAAAAUGAUGGAUAUGGUUUGAAUUAUGUCUCUGUUGUAUGGCUAGGAUUAGCAGUUGCGUUGUAUGUCUAAAAAAACAUGUAAGACAGCAAUGUUUGUGCUUAA